UCCCCCCCUCCCCCCGGCCCCAUUCUCAGUUCGCACGUGGCGCAGGCGGAGGAACGUUCUCGAGGUUGCUGCCCCUGCUACUGCGGACUUCACAGCCACCAUGAAGCGGCCGAAGUUGAAGAAAGCAAGUAAACGAAUGACCUGCCAUAAGCGGUAUAAAAUCCAAAAAAAGAUUAGAGAACACCAUCGAAAAUUAAGGAAAGAAGCUAAAAAACGGGGUCACAAGAAACCUAAGAAAGACUUAGGAGUUCCAAACAGUGCUCCUUUUAAAGAGGCUGUUCUUCGGGAGGCGGAGCUAAGGAAACAACUGCUUGAAGAACUAAAACAGCAGGAGAAACUUGAUAGACAGAAAGAACAAGGAAUGAAAAGGAAACUUGAAACUAACCCUGAUGAGAAGCCAUCUGAUGAGAAGCCUGAGGAGGAAUUUGGACAGUGCAAAACUAAGAAAGCCAAGUUGGCCAAACAGAAUCCAAAGAAGUUACACUGUCAGGAACUUAAAAAGGUAAUUGAAGUCUCAGAUGUUCUGUUGGAGGUAUUGGAUGCCAGAGAUCCUCUUGGUUGCAGGUGUCCUCAGGUAGAAGAGGCUGUUGUUCAGAAUGGACUUAAAAAGCUAGUACUUGUAUUAAAUAAAUCAGAUCUAGUACCAAAGGAGAAUUUGGAGAACUGGCUAAAUUAUUUGAAGAAAGAAUUACCAACAGUGGUGUUCAAAGCCUCAACAAUUCUGAAAAACAAAAAAAUAACCAAGGUAAAGAAAAAAACGGCUCCAUUCAAAAGCAAGGUCUGCUUCGGUAGAGAAAGCCUUUGGAAACUUCUUGGAAGUUUACAGGAGACUUAUGGCAGAGCUAUUCAGGUUGGAGUGAUUGGUUUCCCAAAUGUGGGGAAAAGCAGCAUCAUUAAUAGCUUGAAACAAGAACAGAUAUGUAAUGUUGGUAUAGCUAUGGGGCUUACAAGAAACAUGCAAGUUGUGCCGUUGGACAAACAAAUCACUGUCAUAGACAGUCCAAGUUUCAUCGUCUCACCACUUAACUCCUCUGCUGCACUUGCUCUUCGGAGUCCAACAAGCAUUGAAUCGCUAAAACCAGUGGAAUUUGCCAGUGCCAUCCUGUCCCAGGCUGAUGCUCGGCAGGUAGUCCUAAAAUACACUGUCCCAAACUAUAAGAAUUCGCAGGAGUUUUUUGCGACACUUGCUCACAGAAGAGGUCUGCACCAAAAAGGUGGAAGCCUGAAUAUUGAAGCUGCUGCUAAGCUGCUAUGGUCUGAAUGGACAGGUGCAUCAUUAGGUUACCAUUGCCAUCCUCCUGCAUCCUGGACUCUUUCUCCACAUUUUAAUGAGAAUACUGUGGCAAACAUGAGAAAGGGCUUUAAUCUGGAAGAACUAGAGAAGAACAAUGCACAUAGUAUACAAGCCAUUAGGAACCCCAAUUUAGCCAACAGCAUCCUUUUCUGCUCUUCGGGUUUGACAAAUGGAAUAACAGAGGAAACUGACAUAGCUGAAGAAUUGCCAAAACAGAAAGAGAGCAAACAGAAGGAUAACAUAGACAAUGGCCAGGAGAGUGUGCACAACAAAGAAGUUGAUGAAGGGAUCUCCAACAAGUCUCCUGUGAAAGAGAUAACAGAGGAACUACUGCCUGAAAAAUCUUUAACAGGUGAACCAUCUGCAAGAUCAUUUGUUUUGGGUAAAAUUACUAAAGAGGAUGAUGCUUAUGACUUCAGCACAGAUUAUGUAUAAACAACUCAUCUUUUUAUUUAUGGAGAUGAACUCAAAUCAUAAUUCCAUAGCUCUCAGCCGAUAGAGUAGCUAGAAUUAGGAGCCUCUGGGGCUCGGCUCAUGGUCUUAAUUUUGGUUUUUGGAGACUGUAGCCUAGGGUUUCCCCAAAUUGUGAUCUUCCUGCCUCUAUCUAUGAAGUGUUGGGAUUUUAGCCAUCUACCCUAUGCCCAUGAAAGGAACUUUGUUCUUUUCUACAAAGUUUAACACUUGAAGCACACUGCUAAAAUCUUCUAAAUAUGUA